UCCAUAUUUUCCAUAUGUUUUUGUCAUUCCAGAGUUAUCCUAUGGUUGUGGAAGAGAUCAGGCUCAUUCACAAGCAGAUCCUCUGCAUGAUGAGGUCCAAUGGUCCACGGAAGAGUCUGCGAAUUGCUCGAGAUGUACCAAAUUGCGUCUUCGACCAGAUCCGGGGCCUGAUGACGACAAACUCAUUCCGGACCACAGUUAGAGAGACAAGAACCACCUCGACACUUGCCAUCACCAGCGCAGAGAAGGUGGUGAUCCUUUUUAACUUCUGGGGCAGGGAAGAGGGUUUAGAAAGGAAUGGCCUGCUGAGGAAGACGGACCAACAGGGAAAUAAGAUGAGCAUCCUCGUGAAUGAGAGCCACCCCUUCACCCUGAAGUACCAUAGCAACACCAAGAGACUCUCCCUCACAUCUGGAUAUGAGGUGUUGAAUAAAUAUGGUAUUGCCCAGUAA